GAUGACGUGCGUAGCUUCGUCACCGGUAGUCCCACAAUUCAACUCGGCGCGCGAAAGCUGACUGAGGAGGUAAACAACAGAGGAGUUCUGACCUAGACCGAAUAAACAAUGAGCAAAAAAGACAGUGCAGGUGUCGCUCAGAUCCUCGCUUACCUGAAUGAGAAAAACAGACCCUUCAGUGCUCAGGAUGUCUUUACAAACCUACAGAAGCAGUGUGGUCUGGGUAAAACGGCUGUGGUCAAAGCAAUGGAGCAGCUGGCCCAGGAGGGGAAGAUUCGAGAGAAAGUCUAUGGGAAGCAGAAGAUCUACUUUGCAGAUCAGUCUCAGUUUGCGGAUGUGAGUGAUGCUGAACUUAAGAAGAUGGAUGCUCGUAUUGCUGAAAUCGGCAAUGAAGUACAGACCAUAUCACAGAGCUGCAGGCAGCUGGAUACAGAACUGAAGGAGCUGAACAGCUCAUUAACCACAGCCGAGAUGAAGGCACAGAUCCAGGAGCUGCAGGCGGAGUGCUCUGGGUACAGAGAGAGGCUGGAGGAAAUCAAGUCCGCUAAAAACCAUGUGACCCCUGAGGAGAGGCAGAAGGUUUACAAGGAGAGAGAGACUUAUGUGAAGGAAUGGAGGAAGAGGAAAAGACUGGUAACGAUCCGUAAAAACAUUUAUUCACAACUUCAGAAUUUGCCCAGGAGACAAAACGUCAACUUAUUUUUUAAUGAUGCAGCUGUUACUGAUAUGGUUGAAGCUAUUUUGGAGGGGUACCCAAAGAGCAAGAAACAGUUUCUGGAGGAGGCUGGGAUUGAAACAGAUGAGGACCAUAAAGUGACAAUGCCCAACAUCUGAUGGAGGACACACUGAAUAACUUCAGAUGCCGCCAACAUUGUUGCCGGGACACCUAACCUUUGGGAAGGUUGGAAAGUAAAGUAGAGGAUUCUUAUUAACAACGUGUUGAGAGAGAGAACAAACGAGCUGUAAAUAAGUUUGAACAUUGUUUAUUUUUCAAUUAAAAAAAAUUAUACUGAUACAAAAAUAUUUCCACCAGACUGUUCCAUUGAAGUCAGAAAUUCAGAAGCACAGAGUCUAGUAUAGUAGUUCAGCACGACGUAGCCUCGUUCUGUGAGCUGGCAUUUCGCUCCACUUUAUGGCUUGAGUUGUAAAGACGUCCCUUAUUCCAGCACAGGUCAAACAGUUGAUUGUACAAUCAUCUGUUAUUUAAAAAAAGAUCUCAAUACCUAAUAGUGUCCUGAGUAGACUUCGAUUCUAAUUUUCAUUAUGUCUUAAUUAACAUGAAUUAAAAAUAUAAAUAGAAUUGGGCGGUCACACCAUGUGAAGCUGCUGCCAUGCACCGAUGCGACUGUGUCUUCACUGAUAGCUUAUGCAGCACAAAAAAAUACAACAUAAAUGUAGAAUAAAACAUGAUUGCGCUACACACUGCUGAACAACAACUGACAUAACAUGACAAACAAUCUUCCAUUAUUUGUGCAUAGACACUGCAAUUUUUGGACACACAUCCCAAGGACAGUGGCUUAAGAGGAACAAAGAUGGCUCAGCAUUGCCUAACUUUAAUUAUAUUAAAGCAUGAGGGACAGCUGUUUUUGGUUCUAAAAACCAACUGACAGUGAUACAUCACAGUUUAACUAGACAUUUUGGCUCCCCUUUAAAAGGUGAAAAUGUAGUUGUGCUUUGGAAAAUGACUUGAACAUGAGGUAUAGAUGAUAACUGAAUGCAACAUACCAAGCUUAAUUAUUCAAAGGCAGCUUCUGGUUUAUCAUGCAGCAGAUUGAGACACAUCUGUGUGUUCAACAACAUCACCUAAAUAGAACUUAAACAUUUUUUCAUUUGGAAACCAGCUGAAGAUGUGGAAGGAAACAGAGGAUGCAAUCGCAAACAUCUUGGAACAGAUUAUUA